GUCUGUGAGAGAAUGUCCUCCUCCACCCGAGUCUUGUUUCAGCUGCAGCUCAUACUCUGCUUCUUGUUGUACCUCCAUGCUCGGCCUGCAAUCUGUUUUGCUAUAUUAACAAAUUGUAAGAUUGAUAAGAUAUAUCAGCUUGGAGACUCUCUUUCAGACACUGGAAAUCGUAUCGUGGAGGAUCCCCUGGAUGCAUGCGGCAGCCUUCCUUAUGGUCAGAAUUUCCCUCGGGGACCAACUGGCCGUUGCUCCGAUGGAAUGCUCAUGAUUGACCACUUUGCUCUAGCAGCUGGUAUACCAUUUCUCAAUCCCUAUUUAAAAGGCAAUGCAAACUUUACCCAUGGCGUAAACUUUGCGGUUGGUGGUUCCACAGCUUUGUCAGAAUAUGCUCUGGCAGAGAAAGACAUUAUGCUAUUGGGUACCAGUAGUACCCUUGGCAUUCAACUUGACUGGAUGUCCACCUUUUUUGCUUCACAAUGCAACACACACAUAAAUAGACUGUGUCCUGGAAAUUUUAAACAUGCUCUAUUUAUGGUCGGAGAAACAGGAGGUAAUGAUUAUAAUUUUGCAUUAGCACAAGGCAAAUCUAUUGAAGAAGCAAAAACACUGGUUCCUGAAGUUGUUGAAAUCAUUAGAGAUGCGGUUAGAAGAGUCAUUGAUCUUGGGGCUUCCCGUAUAAUUGUUCCAGGAAAUUUUCCAAUUGGUUGUUUUCCAAUGACCCUGAUAAUGUUUAAAAGUGAUAGCAAAUCAGCCUAUGACGAACAUCGAUGUUUGAAAGAUUUCAAUGAUCUUGCAGCAUUUCACAACCAGUAUCUGCAGCAAGCAAUAAUCACAUUGCAAGAAGAGAAUCCUGGCACUACAAUUGUGUAUGGAGAUUAUUACAAUGCCUUUAAUUGGCUUCUGUAUAAUGCUCCAUAUCUAGGUAUAGAUGCAAAAUCUGCACUAGAACCGUGUUGCGGAAAUGGUGGCAUUGACAGUGAAAGUUCCCCGACAUCUGGAGGUUGUGGAAGCUUAAAUGCUCAAGUUUGUUUAUAUCCUGAUCGAUAUAUCAGUUGGGAUGGAAUUCACUUGACAAGAAAAGCUUACAGUGUUCUAUCCAAGUGGCUUCUAGCAGAUAUAACACCAAAGCUUAAGUGUGCUCUUCAAGUUGUAGAUCAUUAGGAUAAAACAUCUAGCAAAUUAUAUUCAAAUCAUAUGAUACAUCUUAUGCCAAAUCAAGGUUAAAGUACGGCGAUGGGCAUAGAGACUAGUCCUUCUGGUGAACCAGCGGCUUUAUCUUUGGCGCAAGGUGUCAUUUCUUACAUAAUAUUUCACUCUGUUCUGUCUUACUUAAACUCGGCACACUUUUUUCUGGUUGCCUACAAAAGACAGUAUAUUCUUC